AUGACACCGGUCAUUCGCAGCGAGGGAGACUCCCUGCAGCAGCGAGGACAGUUACUCUUCAAGCAGGGUAACUAUCAGGGUGCUCUGGAUGCGUUCACCGAGGCCCUCUCUUGUAAGAAGGCGGAUGUGAUGAGCAUACUUGAUAAUCGAGCAGCUACAUACAUCAAGCUUGCCCAGUAUGACCGAGCUCUGACCGAUUCUCGAAACAUGAUUCGGAAGGACACCAAGGACGGACGGGGUAUUCUACGCUAUGGUCAAGUCUUACUCUUGACUGGUGAUCGUGCCAAAGCCUUGAAAGCAUAUGGCUACGGGCUGAAGUCACUGUCCAGUGAUAACCCGCGUCGCAAGCUUGUCCUCCAAAUGUACUGCAAAGUGCGUGAUGCUGCGGCAGUCAAACGUCUUGAUCCUUUCAGUGUCCUGCCGCUCGAGGUAGCUAUGAUGGUCCUCCGACAUCUGACUUUCCGGGAAAUUGUGAUUUGUACUCGCGUGUCCAAAGGAUGGCAACAAUUUCUGUCAUUGCAGGAUCUGUGGAUGCGUCUUGAUCUUAGCGAAGCCCGUCGCAAAGCGACAUCGCGCUCCAUCCGAACAUACAUUCAGCGUUCGCGUGCCAUGCUUACCCAUGCUAUGGUGACCAACAUAGCGACUACUUCUCAUGGAAAAGUGCUUGAAUAUUUCAGUAGAUGUCCGAAGCUGGAGAGCCUGGAGAUUGGCGAUCCCAUCCAGCGUCAUGACAGACUAUACGACCAUUUUAAGAGCUGCAAACAAUUGAAGACUCUGGUCAUCGCUAAAGGAACACCUGUAUCACAAGAGAACAUCGCCAAUUUCUUGACGAGCCUCACCAAUCUCGAGCGCCUAGAGAUUCAUAAUGCGCAGCCUUCACCUGAGAUCAAAGUCCGCUGGCCCGCCCAUCUCCCAAACUUACGGAGCAUUACCCUCUCUACUGAAGGAGCAGCCGUGCCACCACCAGGUCGCGUAGCUGCUCUCUAUCUCCCGGCUGCAACGGAAUCGCAACCCUGCAUCAUGCCUAACCUUGAAGAGAUUCGGAUCGACUCGUACCCCAGAAUCUGGUCACCAUACACGCUAUCAUUCGACCCCAACCAAUUCCCCAAACUACGAAGAUUAGAACUGAAAGGCGUCUUCAUCGGAAAUUUCGCAUUACCCUCCACCCUCGAGCACCUCAGCAUCCACGCGGGCACCUGCCCCCUUGGCCAAGUGUUCCCUUUCCCCUUCGACCAAUCUCCACACCUCCGACACCUACACACCCUCAUCCUCCGCGACCUCGACUGGGUCACCCACAAUACACUCCGCAAAUUCCUCGUCACCGCCGAGGCGCCGAUCCGGAAGCUCGUUGUGACCAGCUGCCCGAGGCUCGAUCAUGCGCAGCUGGAGCGCAUCUUCACCGAACAUCCCGUGGACCUAACCGAGCUCGGGAUCUGUGCUCUGCGCGGCGCCACUGACAUGAGCGUAAAGGCGCUGGUUCGGCAUCUGCCACAUCUGUACGCUUUGGACGUCUCGGCCACCGAUGUCACCGGGCGUCUGGUCAGGACGUUCGCUGAUCCGGCGUCGUCGUCAUCGGAGGUUUUGCCGCGACUGAAGUACCUGAACGUUGCGUACUGCGAACAUGUUCUGUAUGAAGCCGUCGCGUAUGGUCGCGCGCACAAUAUCAAUGUCGUUACGCGCUGAGCUAGUCAUGAAGACCACAUGCCAGACAAGAACUUUUGGCUCGGUUCGUUGACCUCGUUAAUUGACCUCGUUCGUUGACCUCAUUCGUUGACCUCGACAAACGUCUGUCUUUAUACUGCAGCGACUUGUCUUCCGCUUUUAAGCGUCAGCUUGGCAUUAUUUGAGUUGGACAAAGGACACACUGCCUAUAACUUCUUUCAUAAUAAUUGGAUCAAACCGAGCACAAUAGCCACGAGCACAAUACACCACCAUCACUGUCUCACAAAAUUACCAGGAAGGGCGAUUUCUCAAGGAAAAACGUCAUGAACCCAGCGCCACGAUCCCGACUCGAUCAACGGAAGCAAAUGUUAUGUUCUUCUGUGAUUGAGUCUAGUGGAGAGCAUCACAAGUCAACAUCAAUUGUUGUUUGAGUUUGCCUCCCGGGAAGGAGUCUUACCAAAAUUAUCUACAUACCACAGCUGAGUGAUAUCUAUGCGAG